GGGCGGCGCGCGCGCGGCCUCUGGGAUCUUCUCAGCGCAGCAGCAGGGAGGGAGCCCGGCGCAGACAUGGGGGCGCAGCUCAGCACGCUUGGAAGGAUUGUGACCUACCCAUUAUGCGUAGUCAUCAGCUUGAUCAUGAGACUCUUUGGGAAAUCCCCUCCUGCAAUUACCCUGGAGGACCCUGAAGUGAAAUACCCACUAAGGCUGAUUGACAAAGAGGAAGUUAGCCACGACACGAGAAGAUUUCGCUUUGCCCUUCCAACUCGAGAGCACAUUCUAGGUCUCCCUAUUGGACAGCAUAUUUAUCUUUCUGCACGGAUUAAUGGAAAUCUGGUUAUCAGACCCUACACACCAGUCUCCAGUGAUGACGACAAAGGCUAUGUGGAUCUUGUUGUCAAGAUUUAUUUUAAAGGGGUCCACCCAAAGUUCCCCGAAGGAGGAAAGAUGUCUCAGUAUUUAGACAGCCUGAAAUUAGGGGAUACCAUUGACUUCAGAGGGCCCAGUGGAUUACUUGUCUACAAGGGAAAAGGCACGUUUGCUAUUCGCGCUGAGAAGAAAUCUGAACCUGUUCUUAAAACAGUGAAAUAUGUUGGAAUGAUUGCAGGUGGAACUGGCAUAACGCCUAUGCUGCAGCUCAUUCGUGCCAUCAUGAAGGACAAAGAUGAUCCCACCAUUUGUCAGCUGCUGUUUGCUAAUCAGACUGAGAAAGAUAUCCUGUUACGUUCAGAACUGGAGGAAGUUCAGGUUCAGCAUCCAGAACGCUUUAAGCUUUGGUACACGUUGGACAGAGCACCUGAGAAUUGGGAUUAUAGCCAGGGAUUUGUGAGUCAAGACCUGCUCAGAGAACACAUGCCCCCUCCUCAAGAUGAUGUUCUGAUCCUCAUGUGCGGCCCUCCUCCAAUGAUCCAGUAUGCUUGCUUACCUAACCUGGACAAACUGGGAUACACCAAGGACAUGAGAUUCGCCUACUAAAGAAGAGUUAGCUGUGCUGUAGUGCGGAAAGAAAGCUGAUGUAAGGAAAAGCAUCUAGUUAACAGGGAACAAGACAAAGUACACACACAGGUGGCUGGUGUACAGUGCUGGGAAGCUACAUUUAGAUUAUAAUCACUUAGAUUUCUUAAUGAGUUUGGAAGACAAGCCAUCCAUUUUAGACUCAAAUUUUAAUUUUGACCGUUUUUAGUGUUGUGCCAAAUUUUGGCACAACACUAAAAACAAACAAUUUAACCAGGCUGCAGGUGGGUACUGAUGUAUGAUGCUUUCCUUAACACAUUCUUCAGAGAGACUCAUUGACUACAAUUCAAUGUCAAUUUUCAGCAGCAAAGCAUAAUUUUUAGGGGAAUGAAGAGGUCCGUUACAGUGCUUAGCACUGUAACCACAGUGGUAACUAGUUACUUCCCAACACUGUGUAUAUUGGAUAGCAUACGUGGUAUGAACUACGGCCAUGUAUGGGAAGUACACCUUUUAUUUACCUUACUAUUGCCAAAUCUUAAUGAUCUCAAAGGUUUUACAGUAGGCUGGUCAACAGUGGCUGCCUCUUACACACUCACCUUGCAGAGGUGAAAUCUGGUGGUUUACUGGUUAUGACAGAUAUGUUGUAAGAUGUCAAACAUAAAUACACAUACUAGGAACAUAAUUUCCAGUUGUAUUUUGGACUGACCUCACUUAAAGCAAAUCUUUUCCAGCUGAUCACCUUCACUAGCCAUUCCCCUCCCAAGGACCUGAGAUUAAUUCCUGAAGGCAGGGGCUUUUGAAUAUAGAAUGUUGAAGCAGUUAUUUUUAUUUAAAGAGCUGAAGGUGCUAGACGAGUGGGGGGGUGUAGAAACUCUGUAGACUUGACUAUUUUUCAGAACUGCUCCUGCUGGGAUUUCACUUGCAAAUCUCUAGGUGUACUAAAAUCCCACUAGCAAAAACUACUCAAUUUAAAGUAACUCAUUUAAAUAUUAGUCUCUCUUUUUGUACAUUUAUUUCUCUGAUAAGUUACUAAGCAGGGGGCUCUACCCUGCAUACAGUGCUCAAGUAAAACUCCAUUGAGAAUUUUGCCCAAAAAGGAUGUGUAGAAUCGAACUUGUCUGGCAGCAACUUCAUCUGUCUAACCAAAUCCAAAAGUGCUGGGCUGAUUGUACCUAGGUCUUAAACAGCUUGUACCUAAACUGUGGAUGUUUCCAUACAGAAUUUUUUACUUUCCAGCAAUUGAGAUGGAAGCUGUCCUACCUAUAAGUUGUCAAAAAUAUAAAAUCUUGUUGGAGUUGCUAAAACUGUUGGCUGAAAGAGUAAGUAAUAUUGAUACUAUAACCUCAUAGUAAUAUGUAUCUUUGUAAUUUGCAGGACCUCUUUUUGUGCCUAUGUACAGCCUUGUGUUCUGCACUUAACAGGUGGAAAAGAUUAAAGAUAAUACUAUUAUUCAUUCUAGGUUUCUUUACGUUUAGUAGCCUUGCUGCUGGGAGAUUUGUCAAGGUGUGCUUCUUACAGUCUGAAACUUGAGCUUCGGUAGAACUGUACUGCAUCCUCCGAGUACAACUAAGGUGUUCCCACUACUAAUUUAAAUCUGUCUUUGGAGCAGGCAAUAUGUGCAAGUUUAAAGUAAAGCAUUGGUGUUGCUUAUAUCUCUAGAGGACAAACAUACCCAAAGAUUUUUUUUUUUUGAUGAGCAACUCUAUAGCUGGUUAAUCACAAGCUGUUUUGUAUUACUUAUCAUGCAUAUUCACUUACUGGCUUUUUCAAAAUGUUUGUGCAAGAAAUAAAAUAUUUUGCUGAUUGUCA